GACACAGAGCACUACCUGAGUGAGAAGGUGACUUUCACUUUCACCAUGAAUGUUUGAUCAGGGGAGUUUGUGUCGGGUCAGAGUCGCCCGCUCAGGCAUGGAGCUGGAGCGCACAUCUGCCUGCUUUUUCAUCAUUAAUUAAGCUUUCCUCACCAGGAGUGAGCACACCAACUGUUUCUGACUGAAGAUGAGUGAUGUGGAUGAAGAGGAGGACAGACCAGAGUCUGUGGACAGGCUGUCUCUGAAGAGUGAGCGGUCCAAAGACUUUCCACUUGACUUCAGUGGUGAACCUGGACCUUCAGACACAGAAGAGAAGAGGACUGAUGUGUGUGAGGAGCAGCAGCUGUCCUGCUGUGCUUUGUGUAAGGACGUCCUGAAGGAUCCAGUCUGGUGGAGCUGUGGACACCAGGUCUGCAGACAGUGCAGCAGCUCACACUGGGACCAGGGUUCUUCAUCGGGAGCCUCCUGCUGUCCUCAGUGUGCAGAAAGAUCCAGAAGCAGAGCUGCACUAACAGGUGUGGGUCUGCAGCAGCUUCUAGAAGAACAUAAGAAGAGUCUGAGGAGGAGAUGUGAACAUGUGACUGAAGGAAGUGAUGAAGCAGGAGGAGGAAGCCUCCUCAACAGGAUCUACACUGAGCUCCACAUCACAGAGGAACACAGUGAGGAGCUUCAGAGGGAACCUGAGCUGAAUCAUCUGGAGACAGCUUCCAGGAAGGAGAGCCUCCAUCACACUGCCAUCAGGUGUCAGGACAUCUUCAAAGCCUCGGCCCAGCAGCACAGACACAUCCGAGUGGUUCUGACCAGCGGCGUGGCCGGCAGCGGAAAAACCUUCUCGGUGCACAAGUUCAGUCUGGACUGGGCCGAGGGCCAGGAGAACCAGGAUGUCGGGGUGCUGGUGGUGUUCUCCUUCAGGGAGCUGAACCUGAUCAGAGUGCAGCCAUUCAGUCUUCUCUCACUGCUGGCUGUUUUCCAUCCCACGCUCCAGAAGCUGACGGCAGAGGAGCUGGCUGUCUGCAAGCUGCUCUUCAUCUUUGACGGUCUGGAUGAAAGCAGACUGUCUCUGGACUUCAGCAGCAGCCGGCGGCUGCUUGACGUCUCCCAGCAGUCUUCAGUCGGCGAGCUGCUCACUAACCUCAUCCGGGGGGAUCUGCUGCCCUCGGCUCGGGUCUGGAUCACUUCCCGACCGGCGGCGGCCCAUCAGAUCCCUCCAACAUGUGUGGACAGAUUGACAGAAGUGCGAGGCUUCACUGACGCCCAGAAGGAGGAGUUCUUCAGGAGGAGGCUGAGUGAUGAGGAGCUGAGCAGCAGGAUCAUCUCCCACAUCCAGACCUCCAGGAGCCUCCACAUCAUGUGUGGAAUCCCAGUCUUCUGCUGGAUCACUGCUACAGUUCUGGAGCACAUGUUGAGCAGCGAGCAGAGAGGAGAGCUGCCCCAGACCCUGACUGACAUGUACUCCCACUUUGUGCUGGUUCAGACACACAGGAAGAAGCUCAAGUACCAUGAAGGACCUGAGACGGGUCCACAGGAGCUGACGGAGACUGACAGGGAGCUUCUUCUGAAGCUGGGCAGGAUGGCCUUUACUCAGAUCUUCAAAAGAGAGUCAGUGAUCUUCCAGAAACCCGUCUACAGCUUCGUCCAUCUGAGUGUUCAGGAGUUUCUAGCUGCAGUCUCCAUGUUCCACUGUUUCACCAACAGGGAGACGUAUGUACUGAAGACCUUCGUUGGAAAGGACUAUGCUUUCCCAUCUCUAGAUGACUUCCUAAAGGCCGUCCUGCAGAAAUCCCUCAGAAGUCAGAACGGCCACCUGGAUCUGUUUGUCCGCUUCCUUCAUGGCCUUUCUCUGAAAUCCAACCAGAGACUCCUUGAAGGUCUUCUUGGUCAGACAGAAACCAGUCCAGGAACCAUCCAGAGAGUCAUCAAGAACCUGAAGCAGAUCAACAGUGAUCAAAUGUCUCCUGACAGAAGCAUCAACAUCUUCCACUGUCUGAUGGAGAUGAAGGACCUCUCAGUACAUCAGGAGAUCCAAAAGUUCCUCAAGUCAGAGAACAGAUCGGGGAAGGAACUUUCUGAGAUCCAUUGCUCAGCUCUGGCCUACAUGCUGCAGAUGUCAGACCAGGUCCUGGAGGAGUUGGACCCGAAGAAGUACAACACUUCAUGGGAGGGACGACGGAGACUGAUCCCAGCUGUGAAGAACAGCAAGAAGGCUGUUCUUUCUGGAUGUCAACUCUCUGACUCUCACUGUGAAGUGAUCUCCUCAGCUCUGAAGUCUGACCCCUCCCAUCUGAAACAUCUGGACCUGAGUGACAACAACCUGGAGGAUUCAUCAGUGGAGACUGUGUGUUCUGGACUGGAGAGUCCAAACUGUAACCUGGAGACUCUGAGGUUGGAGUUCUGCAGUUUGACAGAGAUCAGCUGUUCUUCUGUGGCCUCAGCUCUGAAGUCCAACCCCUCCCUCUUGAAACAUCUGGACCUGAGUUGGAACCAGCAGCUGGAUUCUGGCGUUGAGCAGCUGUGUGGUUUUCUGGAGAGUCCACUCUGUGGUCUGCACAUUCUGAGGUUAGAGAGCUGCAGUUUGUCAGAGAUCAACUGUUCUUCUGUGGCCUCAGCUCUGAAGUCCAACCCCUCCCUCCAGAAACAUCUGAGACAUCUGGACCUGAGCAGGAACCAGCGGCUGGAGUCAGCAGUUGAGCAUCUGUGUGGUUUUCUGCAGAGUCCACUCUGUGGUCUGCAGACUCUGAGGUUAUUUAACUGCAGUUUGUCAGAGAUCAGCUGUUCUUCUGUGGCCUCAGCUCUGAAGUCCAACCCCUCCCUCCAGAAACACCUGAAACAUCUGGACCUGAGCUACAACCAGCUGCAGGACUCAGGAGUUUCUCAGCUGUGUGGUUUUCUGCAGAGUCCACUCUGUGGUCUGCAGACUCUGAGGUUGGUUCAGUGCUGUUUGUCAAAGGUCAGCUGUUCUUCUCUGGCCUCAGCUCUGAAGUCCAACCCCUCCCACCUGAAAGAUCUCGACCUGAGUCUCAACCAGCUGCAGGAUCCAGAUGUGCAGCAGCUGGUUGAUCUUCAGCAGAGUCCAGACUGCAGCCUGCAGACUUUCUGGUGGAAGAACUGAGAGACGCUGUGAGUCCUGAGGAGAGCAGAGCUUCAUCCAGCGGGGAGUGACAGAGGAACCUUGGCUCCUGAACUCCCUUGCAGUAUUCAUCUGACCUCUAUAUCCUCUCUCUCUCUCUCCCUCUCUCUCUUUGUCUCUCUCUCUCUCUCGCAUCAGGAUCCCCGCUGGUCGUCAUCUGAACCCUCCCAUAUUAAUCCAUCUCCAUCUGCAUCGAGCAGAGCAAUGAGCUGAUUCAGAGAAUCAGUUUGUCUGUCCUAGUCUUUCCUCUCUUCCUGUCCCCUCACCCCAACCAGAACAGCAGAAAGCCGCCACCUCUGAUCCUGGUUCUACAGGGUUCUUCCUUUUAGAAGGGAUUUUUUUCCUUUCCACAGUUUCUUCUUGCUCAU